AUGAUUCCAGAUAUGCUUCGACCCACCAAAUCUGUGGGAACCGUAAGGGCUCAUUCUCUUCCUCGAAGAAACAGAUUUGAAUACACUGAAACUGAAACUGAUGGUGGUGAAGAACAAGUUGAAGUUGGUGGUGAUCGUCAUCAGCAUCAUCAUCAUCAUGAUCGUGAAAGACUGUCUGAAGUAGAACAGAAUUCACCGUUCCCCAUAGAGAAUACUAGAGCACCCCAUAGGGUAUCUUCAUCUCCAAGACUAAGACUAGAUAACAGAAGAGCUGAUCUCACUGGUGGUAGUCUUAUCAAGAAGUUAUUAGGUACUUCGUUCAUGGCAAAAAGCUUAACUAAACCGGUUCAUGGGUUCCCGGUACAUAAACCCACUACCCCAACAGCACCAUCACCAGAUUCACCCUGGGAUAGAUUUAUUUUAGCACUCCACACCUUUGCCACAGCUUUAGGGGCCAUAACUUUUACAAAGGAAAACAUUGGAUCGCUAUCUGCGUGGUGUUGUACAUGUCUUUACGUGUCAUCCCGAUGUCCCCAGAUAUACAGAAACUUUUGUAACAAGUCCACCAAAGGGAUACUGAUGUAUUUGUUUCUCUUUGCAAUGUUGGGGAACACUUUCUAUGCCACCUCAGUGGUUACGGAUUUAUAUGUUCUUAAGUUGGUGGACCCAACCUUGUACAAUAAAGAGGUACUUGUUCGACUUCCGUUUAUCAUCGGCAGUGCUGGAACUGUAACUUUUGACAUUGUUAUUUUGAUGCAAGUAUGGUACUAUUCGAGUCCCACUUCUCUUCAUAAUUCACAUCACUAUCAUCAACAUCACCAACAACGACAACAACAGCAAUAUCUUCAAGAUAAUCAUCAGUUGCAUCAUCAACAACAACAGCAAAAUCAUCAAUUCCACCAUCAUCCUCAAUUUCAACAAGGUAUCAGUCCCAAUAAUAGUAAUAAUAAUCAACUUGUGACCAGUCAUCCUCGGAACCAAUCAUAUUUGGUCCAUCGAACGCCUCAAGAUUCUCCAUCAUCAUCAUCCAAUAGACGGCUUAGUAAGUUCCCGUACACUGACGACUAUUACUCGACGUUAUACGACGAUGAGAAUGAUCAAAUUGGAGAAUACAUGGGUGGAGACCACCCCCUGAAACGGAGGUCAAAGCAUACGCAUGAAAAGAGUCUAGAAACGUUUCAGAAACCAGAUUGGUACACCAAUAUAUACAAGAAUCCACAUACAUCUUCACCAAAUAAUAAUAAUGAUGAGUCUACAAAGUUGGUCAAUCAAUUUACUCAGAGCUAUAAGAAUUAUGUGAAUGCAUCACCUCAAUUGAAUCCUCCUUCUCAUUACAUUAGUGGCUCCGCAUCAUUGGCACGUUCUAUUAAUGUUAGUUCGCACUCCAAUAUCAUCUCAAAUGCAUUUAAUAUGUUGGCCAGUUCGAUGUCCAGUUCCUCCAUGAACAACGAAAACGACUACUAUAAUAUCCCUGGAAGUAGUUUGAAGAAUCAUCAUUCAGCAAGCACCAAUAAUAAUGGUAAUAUUAUUAUUAAUAAUAAUAGUAUUACUAAUAAUAUAGUUUCAAAUUCAGUGACGUCGUCUCAUUUGGCAACAUCGAUUAUUCCUUCCAUUGUUGGCAACUAUUCAUCACUAUCAAGAAAGAUGAAGGAUGAAACUAAAAUCCCCUUUUCUCCUUCGGAUUUCUUGAACGACGAGUUUUAUCAUUCAACGGCUGGAACACUGGGUAACACCAGCUAG